AUGGCCGCCGGGGAGGAGGAUGGCUGGCGCGGGGAGGCGCCGAGGCCGCCGUCAAGCAUUGCCCUUGCCACCGCCGUCCAGGGCCGCCCCGAGCGCCGUCGCCGCUGUCCCAAGCUGCCGGCGAGCGCGGCCCCCACCCUCGCCGUCCCGAGCCGCUGUCGCGCACCACCCCCGCUGUCUUGGGCCGCCAGCGAGCGCCGCCCCGCCCUGUCCCGCGCCACCUGCUCAGCACCACCGCCGGCGGUCCCGCGCACCACCCUAGCUCCCGCCAAGAGCUCCGCGCGCGCCCCCACCGCUUGCUCUGCGCCUCGCGCGGUGGAUCCGCUUCGCUCCCGCUCCAGCUCGCAACUUGCUACUCGAGGAACGAGGCCGGCGGAGCUCGACGAGGGCGAGCCGCCGUCGCCUCCGCACCGCCCGCGGCGCUCCGGCCGGCCGCCCGUGCGCGCACCUCUGCGCCCUGCCUCGCCACCGCUUGGCCUGCCGCGCGCUCCGCCUGCCGUCGCGCUUGGCUACCGCGUCCUCCGCCCGUCAUCGCGCUUGGCCCGCCGAGGCCGCUCCUCUCCGCCGGCCGCCAUGGCGCGCGCGCAAGCCGCCGAGCCGCAAGGAGGGUCUGCCGUCCGUGCCGGCCGCCCGCUCGCCCGUCGCCGUGGAGCCUCGCUGCCCGGCGCCGGGAGGGGAGCGGAGCCGCCGGGGGGCAGGGGCGGCGCCGCUGGAGGACGGCCGCAGGCCGGAACAGGGGAGGGCGGGUGGGAGGGAGAGAGAGGAGGCUGGGAGUGA